GCGAAUUUAAAAGAGGCCAGGGUGGGCGGAGGGAAGCUGUGGGGAGAUCGCAGCACCCAGCGCCAAGCGCAGCGCGGCACCGCGACAGACGGCAGGAGCACCCAUCGACGGGCGCAGCUGGAGCGAGCCGAGCAGAGCAGAGAGAGGCGUGCUUGAAACCGAGAACCGAGCCGGGCGGCAUCCCCCGGCCGCCGCACGCACAGGCCGGCGCCCUCCUUGCCUCCCUGCUCCCCACCGCGCCCCUCUGGCCAGCAUGAGGCUCCUGGCGGCCGCGCUGCUCCUGCUGCUCCUUGCGCUGUGCGCCUCGCGCGUGGACGGGUCCAAGUGUAAGUGUUCCCGGAAGGGGCCCAAGAUCCGCUACAGCGACGUGAAGAAGCUGGAAAUGAAGCCAAAGUACCCACACUGCGAGGAGAAGAUGGUUAUCGUCACCACCAAGAGCAUGUCCAGGUACCGGGGCCAGGAGCACUGCCUGCACCCUAAGCUGCAGAGCACCAAACGCUUCAUCAAGUGGUACAACGCCUGGAAUGAGAAGCGCAGGGUCUACGAAGAAUAGGGUGGACGAUCAUGGAAAGAAAAACUCCAGGCCAGUUGAGAGACUUCAGCAGAGGACUUUGCAGAUUAAAAUAAAAGCCCUUUCUUUCUCACAA